UUGGGAAAUGACAGAGGCUUACGUCAAGCUCUGAAAAACAGAGGAAUUGAUUUUUAUUCAAUGAUUAAACUCGUUAUUCGAUGAGAAAAACUGUAAUUUUUUUAAUAAUUAAAUAUUUCUUUCCAUUUUCCAUAAACUAAGAAGCAAUGACAGAAAGACCUCUAAAGGAAGGGCAGCGUGUCGAGGUAACGGGUAAAGAUGUGAAAGGUGUAGUUGCGUACGUCGGAACAACCCUUUUUUCUAGUGGAAAGUGGAUUGGUGUAAUACUGGAUGAACCCAAAGGAAAGAACAAUGGUACUGUGCAAGGAAGAACGUAUUUCCAGUGCAAGGACAACCAUGGCAUGUUUGUGCGGCAGUCGCAGCUUACACUUCUGGAUGAAAGUGGUGCACCAGUCAAAGAUUAUGGGAGUACAUCAAGUACAUCUACUGCAACAACACCAGAUGAUAAUGCAAAGUCACGUCCGAGACUCAGCAGUGUUCGGCGAAAAUCUUCUCCUGCUCAGGCUCCUCGAGCUCGUUCUGAUAAGUCGAGUUCUCGCCUGUCCUUGGCGAGUUCUCGCAGUCAGAGUGAAUUUGCUAAAGAAGACUCUCCAUCGAGCUCUGGCAAGGACACAGGGACGCCAUCUGCAUCAGAACCUACUUCAAAGAGGGCAUCAUUUAUUGAGAAACCUACUGCAUCUUCCAAACAGGGCGUCACAAGCCCAGAAUCUGUACCUUUGAAGCAGAGUUCUCAAAGACCUCGAAGCUUGGCAGGGAGUAGCAUUGGGGAGGAUCAAACUGGUUUUGUAGAGACUUUAAAACCGCAAUACACGCCAGGUCCAGCAAUGAUUUCACCUGGGGCAAUGAGCUCAUCCAUUGGAACGGUUGAGGAACGUUUAACAAAUUUGCAACAGCAGCAGGAAAUUGACAAUUUGCAAACAGAAGUACGUGAUCUGCAGGAGAAGCUGGAGACUUUGAAACUUAAACGUCUGCAAGAUGCAGAGAAAUUGAAGGAACAUGAGAAAGUAAAACUUCAGUUAGAGCAAUUACUGGAAUUCAAGGCUCGUAUCAUGGAAUCCCAGGCAAUGCUGCAGAGGGACUUGCAAAGAGCCAAACAGGAAGCUCGAGAAGCUAUUGAGGCCAGAGAAGCUCAUGCAGAAGAGAUGGCUGAUCUUGCCGAAACUGUUGAAAUGGCUACUCUUGACAAAGAGAUGGCUGAGGAAAAGGCUGAAACUCUACAGUUGGAACUGGAACAGGCAAAAGAAAAGAUAGAAGAAAUGACACUGGAUCUGGAAAUCCUAAAGGCUGAGAUGUCAGAGAGAUCUGGUGGUGAAGAGGGUGGCAAGUCCUCUUAUGAAGUGAAACAGCUGGAACAGCAGAAUCUGAGGCUUAGGGAAACACUUGUCAGGAUGCGUGAUCUAUCUGCCCAUGAAAAACAUGAAUUUCAAAAGCUGCAGAAAGAAUUUGAGCAAAAGAAAUCAGAAGUCGCAGAAUUAGCUCGUACCAAAGAAAAGUUGAGUUCCAGAAUAGAAGAAAUGGAAAAUCAAGUUGCAGAUCUUCAAGAGCAGGUGGAUGCAGCACUGGGGGCAGAGGAAAUGGUGCAACAGCUUGUAGAUGCAAAGAUGAAUCUCGAAGAAAAGGUAAAGGAACUACAGGAAGCAGUUGCUGACUUGGAAGAGUUACAGGACAUGAAUGAACAAUUGCAAGAAAACAGCAGGGAAGUGGAAGUAGAACUGAGAGAAGAACUGGACUUAGCUCGUGCUGCAACUCGAGAGGCCAUUCGAGAAAAAGAGGCUGCAUUUGAAACAAUUGCUGAUCGUGAACAAACGAUAAUUAAAUUCAGGGAACUUGUAAAACGACAGCAUGAACAGUGCGUGGAAUUACAACAAAGACUGGAACGUGAAUCCAGCAAACCUGUAACAGCAAUGCCUGAAAUUCUUGACUUUAAGAAAAUGUUUACAGAGACAAAAGCUCAUACGAAAGCAAUUGAUCUGGAACUUCGUCAGAUGGAUGUUCAACAGUCAAGUCAGCAUGUCAAAUAUCUCGCUGCAUACAUGCCCGAUACAUUCAUGAAUCGAGGAGGUGAUCAUGAUGCAGUUUUAGUGCUACUGCUUGUCCCACGUAUGCUUUGGAAGGCAGAUAUAUUACUAUCUCAAGUUCGUGACAAAUUUCCAAAUGUGGAAAAGAUUGAUCGAGCAGCUAUCCUAAAAGGUCACACUGUUGAACAGUUUUCCUUCAAAUCAAGAUUCAGCCACUUCGUGCAUUCACUCCAGAUGAUACUUCAUCAGUUCACAUACAGUCUCAAUGCUUGCUCUCCAGAAACAUUCCUGAAAGUAGGAACAGCAUAUCCUGAAAUGGCUGCACAAGAAAAAGCAGUAGAUGCAUUUGUUGAUCUCUUACGUCGAGAUCAGUUAGAUGAAAAUGUCAUGCUUGAUGCUCUUGAGAAAUGUGUAACAUUCUUCAGCACAAUGUUCCCUGUGCUCUUGGGGGAUGAGAUGAAAAGUAACCAGACAAAUCUCCUAGCCGAUGCUGGCAAAGCCUUAUCAAGUGCCUGUGAUGCAAUUCUGACAGAUGCCACUUCAAUAAAAACUCUUAUGGAGAGUGGACAAGAAACAGGAGAAAUGAAUCUCUUGUUGCAACACCUGAUUUCAACAUCUGAGAAUGUGCUGCAACUUUUGAAACAGAUUAGACGACGCUUACCACAGGAUCAUGCUUUGUCAAAACUAGGCUUCUCAGAUGAAAUUGCUGUUACUCUCAUGCACUGUUGUCAGCACGCAACGCGUAUCUGCAAGGUUUUGCAGCAGGUGCUGAAGGGUGCAAUUCAGCAAAUAGCCAUCAGUGGAGAACCUGAUUCUGGUGUCCCACAUGAAAAAAUAAGAGAGUUUGCAUAUGUUGCAAUUGAUUCCAUUUAUGAAGAUGAUCGGGGGCCAAUUGAGAGUAUGAAGGCAUCUAUGGGACUAAUAUCAGGAGAAGUAGCAAAACUGAAUAAAGUUCUACAGGACAAUGAGUAUGAGCUUGCAGUAAGUUCUGGGGCAGAAGAAAAGCCUGUCCCACCUAUUGCACUGAGGGCACAAGCAAUAAAAAAAGAACUAGAGGAAACUAAAAAUCUCAAGCAAAAACUAGAGGCUAGAGAAGCAGAUAUAAAAGAACUGAAGAAAGCACUAAAACUGAAACAAGAGGAAUUUAGUGAAAUGAGUGUUCGAAAAGAAUUUGCAGAGAAGAAAUUAGGAAAUUCUUCCAAAGAAUAUGAAAUGACAAUUGAAAAGCUGCAGAGAAAAUUAGAUGAUUUUCAACAACUUCUGAAACGAAAGGAGAAGGAACAUGAAGCAUCAAUGGACCAUUUACAAGCAGAUAUAGAUUCACUAGAGACUGAACGGCGUGAAUUAAAAGACAAAUUGAAGAGCUUGAACAAGAAAGCUAUUAAUGAGGGAUUUCCAAGGAAAACAGCAGUUGCAACUCAGGAACACUCACUCAUGGGUCCUAUUAGCAUCAUAUCAAGUGCUGGAGCUGGUGGAAAUGAGUUGCUUCUUCAGGAACAGAUUCAGAGUCUUCGCCGUGCCCUGUCAGUUGCCUUAGAAGAGAAGUGGAAGCUAGAAGCAGCCAUUAAAUAUAAGCGCUUUUUGGACAUGAAGCCUCUCAAGGUGCCUAAGAGGGUAACAACAGCUAGUCUUAUGGAGAAGGUGAGGGAGAAAGAAGCAGAUAAUUGGUCACUGAAGACAGCAGAAUCAAUACUUAAAAAGGCAGUUGAGCUGCAAAAGGAGAUAUAUACUGCUUUAGCGACACCAAAAGUAGUGGAUAUCAGUAAAAGAUUUCCAGGCAGCAAAGAAUGGUUGGAUCAUAAUGCUCCUGCUAAACAUUUGGCAAACGAAGCUGCCCGUUUGAAACAUCUUCGUGAAAAAGUCGCACAGUUGGAGUCUGAAGCUGCAAAGUUCCUUGUGAAGCGUAAGACAGGUGGCAAAAUAGAAGCAGAUUUCGCGGUGUUUCCAACAGUUGAAAUGAAGAAAGCUCUCGAGGAGACGCAGCCAGUAGUAAUUGGAAAACUGAAACUACCCAGAGACAAACAGCUUGAUAAAGAUGUCCCAGAUAAGAUCUCACUUUUCUUAAGUGAUGAUCAAUUGAAGCUUCUGCACAAGAAGUUGCUAAUUCCAUUAGGUGUUUGUUAGCGCAAUAAGCAAAAAGUACUUACAUGGAAGUAAACUGAGCUUUAUUGCUUUCUGUAAAUAAGAUUUUUAAAUUGAUUGUGGCCUCUAUCAAUUUAAUAACUUAACUUAUUUAUUUAAAAUAGCAUUUAUUGCAAAAGUUCAACAAGUGGAAGCAUAAAGUAUGAAACUUUAUUGAAAAUAGAUUAAUCUACUAAAGUGAGUUGUGACAAGGAUACCAGAAAACUCAAGAGUACUGCAUUUCAGUAGUAGAAUGAGAGAACAUGUUGCGGGAAGUUGGCAGGUGGAAAGGUUGUAGUGGGAGAAAAGGUCAGCUAGAAUACAUAUUUAACACUGUUGCCUGUGGUACAGUAUCUUUCUACUUUGUGUUUCAAUGACUACAAUUUUUUCUUCUCUUCGUGAAACUGUUCAGAAUGGUUUAAAAAAAAAUAUGAAGUCCAGAAAGCAAUAACAACACUAUGAGGAGGACAGAUUGCUGCUCACCAUAUGGAGAAGCUAUUGAGUCGCAUAUGGACAUAAUGAAAAUCCUGUUAAUAUUUAAGCUUUUGGAGUGAGAAGUCCUCCUUCUGAAAAAGGACACAGACAUACGGCCACAACUCACACACACAUGGCCACUGUCUCCGGGCACAAGUGCCAAGGGUGUGUGUGUGUGUGUGUGUGUGUGUGUGUGUGUGUGUGUGUGUGUGUGUCCUAUUUUGAAAGAAUGACUUUUUUGUUUGAAAGCUUAGAUACUUAGCAGUCUCUUUCAUUGUGCCUGUCUGUGAGUGAAUGACUCCUCUAUAUGGUGAGUAGUAAUCUGUCCUUUACGUAUUGUUGUUCUGAGUGGUUUCAUUUACUUAACUCCUUAUAUUCCUAUUUUUCAUUGUGAAAACUCAGGACUGUGUAAACUGUAUUUUUAACUGUAGGUUUUUAACAUUAUUUGGAUGUGACACAUUAAUUUUUGUCUGUUGUUUUUAUAAGUGAAAUCAAAUGUUUGAAGAUUAUGUAGUAGUGUACAAAGAAUUAAUUGGAGAUAUUUUCAUUCAGGGCUGAGGAUGGGAAGAGAAUUUCAGGAAUUGAUUCCACUUAGCAAUUAA